GACUUGCCCGUUUCAGUCAGUUUAUUGAGAUAUUAAUGAAUCCAUACAUAUUGAAUUAAAGGGCAAUAACUCUGCCCGUUACACAAUUAUGUUAUAUAGCGUUUCAUAUAUGAAAUCCCAUUCGCUACAAAGGUGGCGGCCGCCCUUGAUGUCGUAAAGGGGUCAGAUGUGGUAUUUGGUGUACGCUUUAUAAUCAAUCUAACAAAAACGAUAGUCUUUUUGUAGAUACGGCGUGCGGUAUUAAGGGAAUUGGAAGAAAAGGUUCGGGUUUCAAUGGCUAACUAAGCGGAAGUGACGGCUAUAUGAAAACACUCUAUUCCUCCCUCCCAUUCUCUUGACGUCCGCAUUUCCACGUCUCUCUUGUGUGUCCCUGUCCGGUGCUAGGUUUCCCCCGAGAGGGGGAGUGGGGGCAAUGGCUGCAGUGUCAGGGGCAGGAGGUGGGGGACCGGGGCAAGGAGGUAAUGUCCGUGAUGGGGUACGGGUGGCUGUGCUCUGCCUUCUCUGGUACUCGGUGAGCUCAGGAGGCAACGUGGUGAACAAGAUCAUUCUCAAUGGGUUCCCUUAUCCGGUCACCGUGUCACUGUUUCACAUUCUUGCCAUUUGCUGCUUCCUUCCCCCGCUGCUCCGAGCCUGGGGAGUCCCACACACGCAGCUGCCAGCCCGCUAUUACCGCUGGUACAUCAUCCCGCUGGCCUUCGGCAAGUACUUCGCCUCGGUGUCUGCACAUUUCAGCAUCUGGAAGGUGCCCGUCUCCUACGCACAUACAGUAAAGGCUACAAUGCCAAUAUGGGUGGUGCUACUGUCCCGGAUAAUAAUGAAGGAAAAACAAACCACCAAGGUUUAUCUGUCUCUUGUCCCUAUUAUUGGAGGUGUUAUGCUAGCAACAGUAACCGAGAUCUCCUUCGACAUGUGGGGUCUCAUCAGCGCUUUGGCUGCCACCCUCUGCUUUUCUCUACAAAAUAUUUUCUCCAAAAAGGUCUUGCGGGACACUCGGAUACACCAUUUACGAUUACUGAACCACCUGGGCUGUCAUGCUAUAUUUUUUAUGAUACCCACCUGGGUGCUAAUAGACCUGUCAUCCUUCUUGGUGGAUAGUGACUUGAGUUCUGUAUCACAGUGGCCAUGGACACUCUUCCUUCUUGUGGUCAGUGGCACUUGCAACUUUGCUCAAAAUCUCAUUGCCUUCAGCAUCCUGAAUUUGAUUAGCCCUCUCAGUUAUUCUGUAGCCAAUGCCACUAAGAGGAUCAUGGUCAUCACCGUUUCACUCAUUAUGCUUCGUAAUCCUGUUACUGGUACCAACGUCCUAGGCAUGAUGACUGCCAUACUUGGUGUCUUCCUUUAUAAUAAGGCAAAAUAUGAUGCAAACCAAGAGGCAAAGAAACAGCUUCUUCCUCUUACAUCCGGGGAGCUCCAGGACCAUCACCAUGGACCUCCAGAGAAGAUGCAAAAUGGCAUGGCCAACUACCCACCUGGAAGAGACUACCAAUAUGGUCGGACCAAUGUGCUUACUGACCACUUUCAGUACAGUAGGCAGAGUCACCCCACAGCGCACAACCGCUAUGAUGUCUGAAGCCCACGCUCGCUUUUUACAAAGCAUUGUCUUUAUCUCUCUUCACCCUUUCCAGCUGAUCCAAAUCAUGCCCAUGGUCUAAUUUGUCAUGCCUCUGAUCUCUGGCUAAGCUAUAGCAUGCUUGGAAUUUCUACAAGUUCAAGAAGCAAAGUGGAAAUACAGCUUGAAGAUGCACUUUUCUUGUUAAUAUGGUCCAACCAAUUAUUUAGAAACCAGUUCAUAUCUGCUUCUGGAAUACCUACCAUAUUUUGAACUGAUGGAAAACACCAGGAUGUGUGUUAAUUGCAUCAUAUUCAUUCUCCGUAUGGCUGUUUUCGCCUGGUUAUCCUGGAGUCAUUGCUGUCUGCAAAUGUUGCAUGUGUUUUUAAUGAUGCCUAAUUAGCCUUACAGAGCAGUCUCUUCUUAAUCCUUUUAUGGCCACCUUGUUAUUUAAGACGGACAAAAACAAAAUACUGGCCAAAAAGUGUCUAUUAAUUUAAACCUGUACAUACAAGUCCUGUAUUCCUGUAUAGUUGUGCUUUUAAAUGGCUGCUAAGCUGUAAUCACUGUUUUUGGAACUACAAAGAGCAUUAUCCUUAGGAGCAUUAGAAUAAGAAAUGUGUAGCGUUAUAGAUCCAUGUUGUUUGGUGAUUCAUCAAGUUGAGCAGAAAUUGCUGUUGCAAUUCUAGUGCAAUAUUUGCGCCGUGUCAAAUAAAGGGGGAAAAUCUGUAUUGUUAUGAUGUCUAAAUCUGACAAGCCCACAUUGAAGUCGUCCAAACAAAUUAUGAUGAGGAAGUUGUUAUGCAUGAAUUUGGUGUUAUACAGAAUGACUUGAAAUAAGAAUACACUUUUUUGAGUAGAUCCACAUUCUUUUUUGUUCAUACUAUUCCGGUUGAGCAUCAACAGAUUUUUUCACGUGACCCAUGUUCCUUUUUUUUUUUUUUUUUAUAGUAAAAAAUUUGCAUUCAGUGGUGCCCUGCAUUGUUGCAUAACAUGUAAAUGCCCUAAAUGGCUAAAUAAGGAAUCCAGACCCCUAUAGCUGUGGCAUAAAGUAAGUGAGGUCUCAAAGUCAAAGCUCUUAAGGUGGCUUUAGGCAUAAUAAUUCCGAUUGUUCGUUUUCAAUACAGACACCUAGAGCUAAAAUGUCAGAUAUACAAGUAGAAAUGAUAGAAUUCUACCUGUAUUGGAUGAUUUAGAAGUAAACCAAUGUUUGGGCACCUCCAAAGGGGCCUCUUCAACAUUUUCUGACCUGGCCGAUCAACGAGCCAGCCCAUAUCCAAGUAUUUUAAUGAUAUUGGUUGGUUCGUCUCACGCCAUACACUCAGUGAAUAUUGUAAAGAACUUAAUUUGUAUCUGUGCACUUUAAACCCCCAGAACUAAAAAUAUACUUGUGCUCCCAUUACUCGUAGGAUGUGUAACAAUUGGGACAGCAGACCCAGAUACUCUUAGGAUCAUAGAAGUUUAGACAGUCCAAAGGUAUCCCAACUGAUGAACAAAACUGAUGGGGUAACUUGUAGGCCCACUGCCUCCUCCCAGUAAAGUUCUGUUGAAUUAUAUUGGCUGUAACUGCUCUUUGGCGGUAGGGGUGCAUGUGUGUAAUCUAAAUGUUAUGAAUAUAAACGUUUUUUGCUGACUGAUUCAGCUAAUUCUAAGUAGUUGGUUGUUUUGGACUAUUUUUUGGGGCUAGUGCUCUGGAGGCUGCCUAUGGGAGAAGCUUAAUUCACAACAUAUUAGGCAUAGACACACAGACAUAUUCUUCAGUGGUGGUUUUAACUGAAACCUGCCAAGAGGUCAGGUUACAGGCGGUUUCCAUUAAAACAAAUGCCAGCUUCACCAGGCAUGUUUGAGCUCUACUUAUGUCACAUUACAAAUGUUUGUGUGCCAUGAGCCUCCGUGCUGAGAUACAGUAUUUAUAAUUUUCAUUUUGUUAAAGUAAAACUUCUCCCAUGGUUUUCUGGGCAAUGAGGGUGAAGACAGAUCUUUUCUGUAAAAUGCAACACUUCUACAGUGUUUGUGCCACCGAAAAAAAAAAAAAUGGCAAACCCAUAUCUUGAA